AUGGCGACAAAUACUAAUGAGCAAGAACGUCAUCGUAAAAAGGAAAACUUUUUGAAACAAUUUCGCGAUGAACAAAGUAAAGAAUUCCAACAAUUGAAUGCUCAUCAAUUUAUGGAGAUCUGGAGUCAUUAUGAUACCGAUGGUAAUGGUUUUAUCGAAGGACAUGAAUUAGAUGAUUUACUACGUGAACUAGCUUCAUCUGUCAAUACGAGUGAUACAGGCCUAGAUUUAAUAUCCGAUAGCGUCUUGCGAGAGUUAAAAGAAUGUUUCUUAGAAGCUUAUGAUGAGAAUGCGGAUGGUCGGAUUGAAAUUGGAGAAUUAGCUGAAAUUCUACCGACGGAAGAAAACUUUCUUCUCCUCUUUCGUAAAGAUAAUCCGCUUGAAUCAAGUGUGGAUUUUAUGAGAGUUUGGAAACAGUUUGACACGGAUUGUUCAGGUUACAUUGAAGCUGAUGAGUUAAAGCAAUUCAUAAAAACACUUUUAAAUAGACGGCAAGGAAAUAAAGUAACCGAAGAAAAACUAAUCGAAUAUACCGAUACAAUUUUACAUAUAUUUGACGCAAAUGGUGAUGGAAAAUUACAAUUUAGUGAAAUGACGAGGCUCUUACCUGUCAGAGAAAAUUUCUUGCUCAGACCGAUUUUUAAGGGUUGUUCGUCAAUAACUUCACAAGACCUUGAUAAAGUGUUUCAACUUUACGAUAAAGAUGGAAACAAUAUCAUUGAAGAAGAAGAAUUAGACGGAUUUGUCAAAGAUCUCAUGGAUCUCGUUCGAAAAGAUUAUGAUAAUGAAGAUUUACAACAGUUCAAACGAUCUUUAUUAAAUGGAUGCGAUAUUAAUCGCGAUAAAAAACUGAGCAAGCCGGAGUUGAAAAUGGUUCUUUUAGCUUUAAGUCAAGCUGCUGAUUCGUAA